UCAACUAAAAACAUUCAACGUUCAACAAAGCCAUUCAACAUUCAACAAGCCAAUUCUAUACAUACUAUUAUUCAUUACACUAAUCAAUGCCACUAAUAACUUUUAACUAUCAACUUUAUCCGAAAUCUACACGAACUCGACAAUCGACAUCGGGUCAUAGAGUAGAUAUGAUAGGGUUGUGUCAGUGGUUGUGUCACAGCACAUGGCUGGCUUUACAGGGUAAGUUCGGUGUGAAAUCGAGGCUAAAUGCAAUUUCCCGCGAAGGCGCGAAUAUCGCAAUAAAAAUGUGAAAACAUGGACGACAAGUCGAAUCUUCGACAGCUUUCAAAAUGCCUAAACGAUGCUAGUAAUUUAAUCAACACCAUAUUGGAAAAUGACGCCCCAUUACAACAACCUGGGAGAACAACAACACAACCAGUUUCUCGAGAAGGAAGACAACGAGAAGCGGCGAGUCAGCCAUCAGCGCGGGCAACUAUGAUAAGCUCUGCUGUAGAACGUGCCCGUUCGAUGAUCGGAGAGUCAUCCUCAAGGGGUUUAUGUUCACGAUUAAAUAGCAGAGAACGGCUUAGAGCGACGAGUUCUAAACCCCGUGAAACAGCAGCAAAAAGGCCUCGAUUGGAAAAGAAAGCUUUUGAGUUUGUUUUGCUUCAAACUGAAAACUCGGACGAAAAAGAUGACAACAUCCCAGAGCAAGACACAAUAAUAUUUUCGGAAAGUAUGGUCGCUACACGUGGUUUUGUCGAAAUACCAACGACAGCGCGCGAGGUGGAUAUACGAAAGGAACUAGCUAAAGCUAUUCAACUUAAAUUUCCAUUGGUAUCGGAGAAUGACUUCGUGUUCGUGAGGGCUAAUCGGCGCAGAAUUACAAAACCUGUCAGCUGCAAUGAAUACAAUUUUAACCAGGUCAAACUACUUGCUGGCCAAGGAUGUAUAUAUCUAAAAAUGAAAGAUGGUUUUGAGUGUUUAUUUGUUGAAGAAACACCUGAAGAUAGUUUAUUUGAUUUUGAAAAAGAAGAAUCUCAGCCAAAAAAAGAGUUGGUUGAAUCUGUGAGCACUGCAGUCACACUCUCGGCAGCUACCACAACAAGUAACAGUCAUCCUGUGUUGCAGCAACAAUCAUCAAAUUUACAAAACAGCACAGCAUCAGGUUCCAAUAAAUCUUCACAAGACCAUGUCAUGGAACUGCCACAAGUUAUAAAUCCAUUCCCACAAGUUGAUAACAGAAAAAGGGAAAUUUCUGAUGUUGCCACCAAGUGUUAUACCUAUUGCAAGGAACAUAAUAUCUGUGACCCUGUUGAGAUUCUUCGCUAUUGUUCAAUGCAUAUUGUUACAGGAAGACCACUUAAUGGAUUUUCUGACGAAACUCUGGACGGUGAGACAAACUUUAUCUUAAUCAACCGUCAUGAUGUCCUUGCUACUGCCUUUGAAGAGAUAAGAAGCAUUGAUAAUCCUCGGUUGACACUCGAGGUCUCCUUUUAUCGAGAAAAUGCCCAGGAUGCGGGAGGUCCAAGACGAGAAUUCUUUAGACUGUCCCUUCGGGAAAUAAUGGAUAAAUACUUUGAUAAAGGUCUUAAGGAACACCUAUUUCAAGAUUACAAAAUUGUAGGUCUUAUAAUGGCACUCAGCAUCUUGCAAAAUGGUAAUAUACCUAGGUUUCCUGAAGAAUUACUACAAGAGUUAUUCAUUUGUGAUCAUCCAAAAUCCAAAUGUGUUACCAUGCUCCGAGAAGGAUUUGAUCAGCUGGGCUUAGCAGAAAUCAUAAAGAAUUUGCCAGUACUUCUAUACCUAUUUCGAUCUUCAAAUGCUGUUACCUUGACCAGGAGAAAGUUAAUGCACAUUCUCACACCAGUAUUUUCAGAGGAGGGAAGUAAUGCAAGAUACUUUGAAAACCAAACCUACACAGUAUUUUCAACCUAUACACGGAAAGCAGCUGGUGGGAAGAGGGGUAAUGUCUCACUUGAACACAUUCUACAGUUUGUUUCAGGAACUGAUGAAGAGCCACCUCUUGGCUUCUUCACAAAACCAAGUAUUGUAUUUACAGCUGCCACAGCAUCAUCUGCCACAGAAUCAUCUGCAUGGUCAUUUCUUCCAACAUCCAAUACAUGUGCUAAUGUCCUACAUUUACCAUGCCCAACAAAUGAUGUACCUCUUCGAGGAAGAAAAACUCUUCGAGGUGUACGACAUGGCAUUUUCUAAUGCCUACUUUGGCAGACAGUAAACAUAAAGACAAAUGAUUAACACACAUCUGGUAUUUUGAAAUAUGGAACAAAACUUUAGUUCUUAUAUAUGUACUGCAUUAGAAACCAAAGAUCUAUUGCAUUUGCUAGUUUUUAAUUAUUGUUUUUUAAAAGACACCAAGUUGUUAUUGACUGGUGAUAUUGAUAAAGUUGACACUUGACACAGUUGUUGCAAUUAUCUUAAUAGUUCUUCGCUAGCCUUUAUCUUCCUAGCAAAAUUCUAAUUUUGUUCUGUGUUGCUUGUAAGUUAGAGAUUUCAGUGCAACUACACAUUAGCCAAGUAGGGGAAAUAGAUAAUGCACAUUGGAAUACAAUGCAUGAAGUUUAAUAAUGGUUUACGUUUGGCAACAAACACUAAAAACUAUUCUGAUUCCAAUCAGCAUGUUAAAUCUGCAUAUUACUUAUUAGACAAUUUCAGCUUGCAUGCAAAUUAACCCAUUUCAGAUGUUGUGUCUAUG